UCGGCGUUUUAAAAAAAUUUUUCAACAAUCUAAGAAUACUAAAUUAACCCGAUGAACAAUAAUACGUUUAUAACCAAUUAAAAAUAAUACUACUAAUACGUUUAAAUGCGUAAAUGGAUAUGGAUUUGACAGAAGUAACUGUGUAUUUAUGACUUUUUUACGUGUAAAAUAGUUUUCCGUUUGCCUUAUUUCGAAAUUGAUGUUAGAAUACCUAAUACAGAAUUUUAGGAAAAAUCAACAAUAAAAUAUGAAGUUAACGGGUCCUAAUAAAGUUGGUAUUACCGGGAUUGUCUUUCUUGCAAUUGAUAUCUUAUUGCAAACUGUGAUAUUUCCAUCGAUUCUGAAAUCUGAAGUGAAAAAAAAAGUAGCUUUAAAGAAUGGCUGGCCAAUGAGGACGGCGUGGAGUAAAUUAACAUUUCCCUUAGAAAUGCACUGGUACAUUUUCAAUAUAACCAACACCGCCGAAGUGGAGAAAGGAGGUAAACCGAAGGUCCGAGAAGUUGGCCCAUUUGUGUACGAUGUGUGGCAAGAAAAAAUAAACCAAGAAGAUCACGAAGAAGAUGAUACGCUAUCAUACACAUUGAGAAAUACUUAUUUCUUCAACCCAAUCAAGAGUGGCGGCCUGGAUGACUCGGACGAGCUAAUGUUACCACAUCUGACGAUGCUGGGUAUACCUAACGGCUUACUGAAAGACAGGCCUUUCCUUAUGCCUAUAGCGUCAAGAGCGAUCGACAGUUUAUUGAAAAAUCCUCAAAGCGUGUUUCUACGUGCUAAGGUCAGAACUUUGUUAUUUGAUGGAUUUUUAAUCGAAUGUCGAGGAAUCGAAGACUUCCAUGGAAAAGUGAUGUGUAACGAUUUGCACGAGAACUACGAUAGUUAUUUGUUAGUAAAAGUUGGAGAGUUGAAUUACACUAACUCGUUGUGGGGUCCGUUUAAUGGUACGGAUAAAGCAGGCAAACGACUGCGUAUCAAGCGAGGCAUCGAAAAUAUUCUGCAACUUGGAAAAGUCCAGGAAAGCAACCACAAAAAGAAUUUUUCGGCUUGGAAUGCAGACCAUUGUGACUCGUUUCUUGGUAGCGAUUUCACCAUUUUCCCUCCGUUACCUAAUAAAAAGAAAAAACAAAGUUUUUUUGCUACUCACAAUGUACUUUGUCGAAAUUUCAAGUAUACCUACGACUCAACCGUGCAUUACAAAGGGUUGGAACUACUUCGUUAUACGACGGUCGUAGGGGUCGACGGGCGAAACAAGCCAGAAGAACAAUGUUUCUGUAUGAAUUCAAAUCAGUGUCCUCCAAUCGGAGUUUUAGAUUUAUAUAAAUGUUUACACGUACCUCUUGCUAUAUCAAGUCCACAUUUUUAUCAGGCUGAUCCAUAUUUAGUUCGUUCGCUGGAUGGUCUCAAACCAGUUAAGGAAAAGCACAUGAUGAUGAUAGAUAUCGACCCGUUAACUGGUUAUGCAGUGCGUAUCAAUACGCGCUUCCAGGUCAACCUGAAUAUCAUGCCUUUGAAAAAAUACCGGCUAAUGGAGUCAUUUCCCGAUGUUUUAUUACCCUUAGCGUGGUUUAACGAGCAAACUGUUUUGCCGUAUUCUUAUAUCAAAGUAAUUAAGGCUUGUCACAGGACAGUCAUUAUAUCAAUUGUCUUAAAUUAUAUAUUGAUGUUCGGUGGAUUAGGCAUGUGUGCCUAUGCCGGAUACCAUCAGUACAAAUUAAGACGAGAGAAGCAGCUGAACAUAACAACGGAGCUUACGCCAAAGAACAAAGAACAAACCUUUAACAAGACGUGAGAACAAAAUCCUGAGAAAUCAUCAUUGACGAGGUGGCUGCUCGUAGGACUCUUUUUCCUGAUGGCGGUGCUGCAGCCAGGCGCAAUCGAAAGACGAGGCGAGACUCGCGAACUUGCCUUCUUGGAGCGGAACAAAGCAGCGACGGUGAUGAGG